AUGAGUGAUUCCAUAAUGAAAGAUGACCAUUUUAUAUUUAUUCAGGCGUUGGCGAAAAGAAUCGAGUCAUUGUUACCAAAUCACACCGGUCGUAGCAUAGAAGAAGUCGAACUUGACCAACAGUUCUCCAUUACGAGAAAAUUAUUAUUAGAGAACAAUAGUAAAGACCCCAGAACAGUAACGUAUAUUUUGGUAACUUUUGCUUCCAUUUUAAAGACCAUUAAUACUGAAUUCACUAACAACAAACUCAAAUAUCGUGAUGAUAAAUCAAGAAACUCAAUUUUAUUAAUUUGCAAAUUACUUGCUGACGUUUUGAAAGUGAGUUGGGAUCGAGAGUCUACUAUUGUGGAUGAUAAAGAUUUUUUAAGCAAUUACUCAAAGUUCUAUUAUUAUGAUACUCCAAACAGAAUAGAAUCGUCGGUAGUUUCUGAUUUGGUUGAUACAUUUGUCAACAUGAUUUCAUCUAGUGUUGUUAGGAAAGUGGUGUCACUAGUGCGUAAUGAACAAACAUUAACAACCCUAAUUGUGGCCAAAGAAGAGUCUGAGAUUUUGCGUGAAGACCAACUAAUGACAAAAGAGGAAGAAACAGAAUUGGUGAUAGGUAAAAUUGAUUUUUAUUUGGAUACAAUAAUUCGAUAUAUUGCUACCGCCAAUCCUGAAGACUAUUAUGAUGUUUUAAAGGCAAAAAUUUUCAGGUAUUCUCAAAGAGACGCAACAAUUCCCUUACCCGUUUUGCAGACAUAUUUACCAUUGCUUAAAUUCAUUUUUUUUGCAAAAGUUAAUUCAGUCACCAUUGUGGACGAUACUUUGAAAGCCUUACCAUGUAUAAGGUCAAAUACUUGGAAACAAGUAUACUUGCAUUUUCUAGCUAGCAGCAUCAAAGCUCAAUCUUUUUCACGUACUUUAGAUUACAAUGUGUUAGUGGAUUUAAAUGAUACCCAUCAAACUCAAGUGGCGCGAAGCUUGUUUGACAUAUCAUUUAGCCUAUUUUCUGAUGAGUCCUCCACAAAUCUGUUUAACUCGCCAUUUGUUUUGAUUUGGUUUUUCGUUAUUUGUCUCGAAGAUGUUAUUGAAGUUAGCAGCGAUAAGCCAUUAAACAAAUUAAAGCUAACAUUCAACAAAAGGCUAAAAUUCAUAAUGUCACAGUUGAAAGAGAGCAGUAAUGCUUCUAGUUUGGGAAGUUUUGAUUCAUUUAUCCAUCUAUUUCAUUUAGGUGCCCGUUUACAAGCAUAUAACCAAUUAUGGCAUCCAAUUUAUAAGUUUAGCAUGAAAUUUCUCGAUGAAAUCCACCAAAAUUUGAUAAAGUUUGGCGAAGUUCGCAAGGACGACCUUCUAGUUGAUGAUGAUUUGCUUUUCAGAUACGAUUUACUUACAGUUAAUUUCUACUUGGCAGCCAUUUUGAUAAAUUCAGAUAAAUACAUUAGAAUUGUCAUCAAUAAUUAUAAGCAAAACCAGGAGGAUCUUCGGUUCAACAAAAUUUUUGUCAAGAUAAUUAAAGGGUUAUCAGAAAUUCAGACAGCCAAAAAGUCGUUUUUUGCAACAAUGAAACAAGUGACACCCACUUUGAGAUUAAUGGUUUAUGGUGCUUCCAAAAUCUUGUAUCAAUAUGAAAUUCGACGUAGUAUCAAUCAAAUAAGUCAAGGUAGCAUUAAUGGUUCUUCAGAUGCUUCUACAGCUUCAUAUAUCGACAAUGAACAAAACAGUGACGAGGUAACAGCUGCCACUCAGGAAGCUUUUAGUCGAAUCAAAACAAGUCUAGAUCAUUAUACAGCGGACUUAUUUGACACUGACUUGAAAAAACUAAAUAGUAGUAAAAAUUUUACUACCUCAUCAUCUUCAGUAUUAUCAACUUCAACUUAUAGAUUCCGAGUUGUCAAUGGAGCAGAAGAGUUAUUGUCGGACAUUUUUCGAAUAUUUGCAGCAGCACCAGAAUUCUAUUUCAAUGAUGAAAAAUUAAUGAGUAAAAAAGUAUACGAAACCAAACCAUUAUCAGAAUCACUUCCACCUAUAAUAAGAUUUUGUCAUGACGCGAUUAUCCCAAUAAGAUUAGCAUUCAAGUCAAAAUGGAUAAUUCAAGGAGACACACGAUUAUUGGACUCUACAAAAGAGCUAUCAUUGAAAAUGGUGGAGCCAACCACUAGUUUGAUUGACAUUCGUACUGACUUAUCGGUUUUUGCAAAUUUUCAAAUUUGUUGUUGUAUUAUUUACGUCACCUGUGAAGCAUGUUUAUCCAUUUCAUUACUUAACCCAAAGUUUAAAUCCUGCUUUUUGUUUUUAAACUCGUUUUUGCAAAAAAGAACCUACUUUAAUAAAUUUGUGAUUGAGAAUCCUAUCUUGACCAACCCAGAUACUCGAGUGUAUUUGGGAUUUUGUGGAGAUAUUAUACAUUCUGUGGAAAAAGUUUUGUUACUUUCGUUAUGUACCCAUGACAUACUGUUUUAUAAUUAUGCAUUGCAAGGGAUUGAUUGGUAUCUUGAUGAAGUGGAAACUAACAAACCUUUCUAUCCAUCUGAGGAUGUUCGUGAUACUUUAGUUGACACAUUUCAAAAAAUCCUGGAAGAUAAAGCUGUUUUCACUGGGUUUGUCAGCCUUCACAAGCGCCAUAGAAAUAUUUUGCGUAAUUCCAAACCGACAAAGUCAUUAUAUCAAACAUGGGUGACCAUUUAUCAUCGAUGGGUCAGAAUCCUUGAUACCAAAUCGAGCUUAGGAAAUGACAAAACACUCAUUUUGAGACAUUUCACUGGAUUCCUUGUCUCUACUUCUGGUUGUUUCUUAUCAGGCAGUCUAGUCUCUGAAGAACUUGCGGCAAAUACCUGGCCAACAGCGCCUAUUUCCGAGUUUUUCGAUAAGUGUAUCGAGUUGUUAACUUCACCUGACAUGGUGAUUCAAAUGAUUAUUAAGGAAGCUUUAGCAAGUGAAUCGCAAGCAGAAGUAUAUUGCUUGACUGCUCGAAAGUUAAUGGAAACAGCAACACACUAUUUUGAGAAUAAUAAAUCAGAUGAAAUUGCAGUUUUUCUAGAUCGUGCAAUAAUAGUUAUGACGUCCAUGAUAAAUGUGAAAAGCGAGGGAGCACUUUAUCUUUCAACCUUGUUACCAGAAAUUUGCCAGGACUUUAUCAAAUUUAUCAAUGCAAUAGAUGAUCCAUGUGAAAGAUUCAAGUUGCAAUUAAGGUUUUGCAAACUUGGAUGUGCUUUAGAAUUAGAUCGUACAAAUGCCGGUUUAAAUGGGGCUUACAAAUUGAGAAAUCUAUACUCCAGAGCAAGUUUGGAAUGGUUAGAACCAGCUGUAUUUUAUGAUAGUGCACUUGAGGAAAACAUAAAAGCUGAUGAUAGCUCGAGUGUGAAAACCAAUAAAGAAGUUGAGCUUCUGCAUUUAGCAUUGGAUUUUGCAGUUGAAUGUUCUAUUCUUUUACGAGGACAAGUAGAAAACUUAUUAUUGGAAGUUCCAGAUGGCAUCAAAGAAGAUGAAAUCAAUAAAUACAAAGAUUUGUCCUUUAGUGUUUAUUUCUCAUUAUUUUACAAAGUGAUUCAAAAAUAUACUAAAGCAACACCAACUAAUCGUGAAAAACAUAAGCAUCAUAUAAUUAUUGAUAACAUUCUUCAAUCUAUCACAAAUAUUUUACAAUAUGACUCUCAGAUUGGAAUGAGAUUUAUUUUACCAAUGGGAUAUCAUGAAAGCAAGAAAAUCAGAUCAAUCUUUUUGAAUGUCUUUUCAAAAAUGUUAGUUCAUCAAAGCAAAAUUUCCAACAGGGAAGAGUACCCAGAUAAGUUGAUUAAUGAGUUGACGGAUCAAUUUGAAAUUUUUGGUUCUAUUGCAGAAUGUGCUUCUUCAUUUGAACAUAAUUUACUAGCAUCUGCAUUUUUCGAAGUGUUUUCCUAUACCGGGAAAUUGAAUAAUUUGUUUAAUGUCUUGUUAAAUACAGAAGUAGCUCUUCUGUCGAGGUCCACGGAUUUGUUCAGAAGAAAUUCAACUUUGACAAAGUUUUUAUCAUUUUACGCACAAACUAACGGGGUUGAUUAUUUGAAUGAGGUUUUGUUACCUGUUAUCAAAGAACUUGUUGAUAAUGAUGUGCAAUUUGAAGUUGAAAAGCAAGACAAUUCAGAUACCGCAGAUCUCUUCAUAUUAUAUUUAUCAAGAAUAAUCGAUCUGAUUGUGAAUUCGACUGACAAAUUGCCGCAUGCAUUCAAACUGGUAAGUAAGGCAAUUUACGAUUCUGUGUCGAAUAAAUUUCCUGAAGCUGCACUCACGGCCGUUAGUUCUUUUGUAUUUUUGAGAUUCUUGUGUCCCGCAAUAAUCAGUCCUGAACAACAUUUCAAACUUCCAAUUAACAACCCCAAAGUUAAAAGAUCAUUAAUGCAAUUGGUAAAAGUAUUGCAAAAUAUGGCCAAUGGAACUUUGACGUCUAUUAAAUGGCCUGCAAUUGCCGGAAAAACUGAAGAAUUGAAUUUCUACAAUCAAAAAAUUGAUGGAUUUUUGAAAAUUAUUUCCACAGAUGUAACAACGGAGAAUCAAAGCGCUGAAUUAUACAAACCCGAGAAACCAUUAACUUCGUUGAGAUACUUGCACAAGUUCAUUUACCAUUACUUUGCAAAAAUAAGAUAUAACUUUCUUUUCCAACACUCAUGGAGAUGUAAUUACCUGUUGCAUGAUAAAGCAGUGAAAUUUAAAAAAUUUGAUUAUCUAGUAAUGCAAAUGGGUCAACCAAAUCCUGGUGUUAAAUUACAGAUGUCCAGUAAGUUGAAGCUUUUAGAUACUAAUAACCUAGAUGAGGAAGAAAUUAAACUUAAUGAUUUUAUGACAAAAAUGUCAAUCAAAUUUUCUGACACACCACCGGAUGCAAUUGAUGUUAUUCAUAGUUCAAUUUUCAAAGAUGGUACACCAGCAGUAGUGGUUAAUUUGAAAAAAUUGAGUGGCCGACCACAUGAUUUUGAAUACUUGGCUUACAAAUUAAUAGAAACUGCAUCUCAAGUGUGGGAUAACAAGUUUUAUUUGGUAUAUGAUUUUACAGAAUAUUACUAUUAUAUUGAAACAGUUACGAUUGAAUAUGCUAAUUUGAUUGCAAACAGUGGCACCAAACUAUUGUUCAGUAAUUGUCAAAGAGUUUAUUAUUUCAAUAUACCUAGAAUUGAGAAUCCGGGUAUUAUGGAAGGUGUUAAAUUGGUUAGAUCAAAGGGAGAAAAAUAUGGCACUAAAGUUUACAUUUACUCGCUUGCAGACCCUGACAGUAUCAUUAAAAAUUUAUGUCUUGAUCUGGAGACAUUGGCAAUUAAUCGUGAAAAUAAGGUCACCUUCAAAGACGUUUUACUAUAUGACGCAACAACUGAAAAAUUCAUGCCUGUACAAUUCAAAAUAGGAAGAAGAUUUGUUACAUUAUGUUUCACUAACAGAGUGAAAUUUGAUUAUAUUGCAAGUGUUACAGAUGGGUUUAACCCAGUCGAGGUUUAUCGUAUCAGUGAAAUGAACAAAUGCGAAGUGUCCAAUUUUACUGGGAACAAUGACGAAUUUACAAUUUAUUUGAAUCGUGGGGUCCAACUUACUUUUAGGUCGCAAGAUAGACUCGAAAUUUUAAGAUAUUUGUAUUUUACUAUUUCAAGAUUACCAAGGGAACCAUUUAGUUUGAAUAAUGAGUUGGAUUAUCAAAAUGAACGUCACACCAUGCAUUGGUUUGGCAGAUUAUAUAAUAUUGUUUUCCAAGGGUUGUUGAGUCAUGAUGAAGAAUUAAAGUCAAAAGCGGGAGUUUUGUUUGGCUCUUUGUCAACAUACUUUGAAAUUGAUUUUGGAAUUCGUGAGAACCAUGCAAGUAAUGUUCCAUUCCCAGCUGAUGCUACUAAUUUUGUUGUUACUGUUUCAGCACAUUUAGCGAAAACAUUCCCUCAAAUGACAUAUCGUUUUUUCAAAGCAUUUUUUGAUAAUUUCGAUCGUAUAGAUAGGGAGACCAGGUUUACAUCUAUUUUGUAUUUAUCACCUUGGAUUCAAAACAUAUAUGAGUACGUGUUUCUGAAUGAUGAGAAUGGUGCUGAUAAGACUGCGGAUUUGCUUCGAUUGUUUUGUCGUCUUACAUCAAUUUAUAAAGACCGCAUUCCAUUUAUUAAUGAUUAUAUAUGGUCCAAAUUAUUUCAAGAGGCAAGAUUGGUAUCGACUUUAGUGGAAGAGGUAGUAGCAUUUGCUAUUGAUAGUAAGAAUGAUAAUCCAGACUGGACAUUUAUUAUUGCAGUGAUUUGUCCAUCAAUAGAAGUUUGUGGUGAAGUUACAUCGAGAUUAUUACAAAGAAUCAAUAAAGUUGUGACAACUGAUUCAUCUAUUGCCUUACAAUCGAAAUUGUUUGAAAUAUCGGUUUUAAUUAAGAUUUGCUCAUCAUUGUUUUUCAAUUCAUAUAACCUUGCCAAGACUUAUUUGGCCGAGUUGAUUUUCUUUGUUACUUUGUUUAUUGAUAAUCCUGUUUUGGAUGUUGGAGAAGAUUUACAAAAAUUGCUUAUGACGGCAAUUCAGUCUUUCUUACACAAGCCAAAUUUGACUGAAGCACAACGAGCUGAAAUAGAUAAAGCUAUUGCGUAUUUUUCAACUCCAAGAGCUAAGAUGAUUUUCGGUACCAGUAGAGACGUAACGAAAAGAAAUGAUGCUGCACAAGCUUUCAAUAAAAUCACAAAUAUCGAACAGUUUGCUGAUUACUUGAAUGUUUUCAUCAAGGCAUUUGCGUUACACGGAGAUAGAACUAACUGGCGAGCUAGAUGGUCGUCUAAUACUAUUGAUGUCGCCUUUAACAACUACUCAGUAUUUCAAGAUCGAGCAUUUUUGAUGGUAGGGAUUCUUUCUAAAGAAGGUAUUAGUGAUUCAAAUGCAUGCCGAACCAUAAAGUUAGUUUCUAAUGGUGAGUUAAAUAGUAUUGAUAUAACCAUUUGUGUUGCUGUUGCCGUUGCCAGAAUCUUAGAUGGUUUACCUGAUAGUUCCAUUUUACCACCAAUUUUGAUUUGGCCACAAUUAUGUUUCACAUUAUUGAAUCAUGCUGUACUUUAUCCUUCUGGGUUAGAAAAUGUUAUUGCUUCAAUUACAAAAAUAAUGAGACUUGGACCAAAUUAUUUGGACACUAUAUUUGAACAACAACAAUAUUUAGAACCCGAUUUAUCUAAAUUCCAGGAAAGGCAUGGUUAUAUAAUAACUAAAGAGAAUUUUGGUGUCCACAUAUUUUUCAUAUUGGGUCAAGGAUUAAGAAUUUCUCAAUAUAGACACUUAGCAAUUGCGUGUAUUAAGAGAUAUUUUAAGCAAAGAUAUUUAAUGAGAGAAGGGAAAACAAUGGAUGGGAAAUUUAUAACAAAUAACACAUAUGCCUAUAUUUUCUAUCUUUAUUUGUGUUGUGAUGCCAAGGAGGUUGAAGAUUAUUUGAAGGAGCUUGAAAUCGAUCGUUCGUUUAUAUCUUUAGAUGAUAAUCAAAAAAUUCCUAAAUUAUUAAUUGACUUGUUGUUUGACAAUACUGAAGUAUCCAAAAUAUUAAUGAUACAUGUUGGAUUUUUGUUCUGUGACAUUCAAGGGGUCGAUAUCAGUUUUAAAGCAAGAUUUAUUCAAAUCUAUCUUUAUAUGCUCAAGAAUAACAGAGAAUUGGCAUUACUUGUGUAUCAUAUCAUCAAACCAACAUUGAUGCAUGAUUUGUUGAAUACAGUUUCAGUGGAAGUUGUUAAAAAUAUUUCUGAAAUAGUGGAGAUUGUUUCCCAAUGUACUGAUUAUGAUCCAGAGUAUCACAAAAAUGUUGUUGAUGAUAUAUUAAUACUGAAAAAAAUCACAAUUCUUAAAACUUUGAGACAUUUGAAACCACUUAGUGAAACCAUAGAUGAAAACCAAAUAUUCAAACCUGAAUUUGAUUCUGAUAUUAAACCAAUCCAAUCGAUGCUUUAUAGAGCUGCAUGUAGUUACAUCAGUGGGUCGAAAUUGGAGGAUUAA